AUGUCAGCCCUGUGUCCUGUCAGGUCAGUAUUGUAUCACACUGUGUCCUGUCAGUUCAGUACUGUGUCGUGUCUUGUCAGUUCAGUACUGUGUUGUUUCAAUUCAGUACUGUAUCACACUGUGUCCUGUCAGUUCAGUACUGUGUCACACUGUAGUGUCCUGUCAGGUCAGUACUGUAGUGUCCUGUCAGUACUGUGUCACUGUAGUGUCACUGUAGUGUCCUGUCAGUACUGUGUCACUGUAGUGUCCUGUCAGGUCAGUACUGUAGUGUCAGGUCAGUACUGUAGUGUCCUGUCAGUACUGUGUCACUGUAGUGUCCUGUCAGUACUGUGUCACUGUAGUGUCCUGUCAGGUCAGUACUCUGUCGUGUCCUGUCAGGUCAGUACUCUUUCGUGUCCUGUCAGGUCAGUACUCUGUCGUGUCCUGUCAGUACUGUGUCACUGUAGUGUCCUGUCAUCACUGUGUCACUGUAGUGUCCUGUCAGUACUGUGUCACUGUAGUGUCACUGUAGUGUCCUGUCAGUACUGUGUCACUGUAGUGUCCUGUCAGGUCAGUGCUGUAGUGUCCUGUCAGUACUGUGUCACUGUAGUGUCCUGUCAGGUCAGUGCUGUAGUGUCCUGUCAGGUCAGUACUGUAGUGUCCUGUCAGUACUGUGUCACUGUAGUGUCCUGUCAGUACUGUGUCACUGUAGUGUCCUGUCAGGUCAGUACUGUAGUGUCCUGUCAGUACUGUGUCACUGUAGUGUCCUGUCAGUACUGUGUCACUGUAGUGUCCUGUCAGUACUGUGUCACUGUAGUGUCCUGUCAGUACUGUAGUGUCCUGUCAGGUCAGUACUGUAAUGUACUGUCAGGUCAGUACUGUAAUGUACUGUCAGGUCAGUACUGUAGUGUCCUGUCAGGUCUGUACUCUGUAGUGUCCUGUCAGGUCAGUACUCUGUCGUGUCCGGUCAGUACUCUGUCGUGUCCGGUCAGGUCAGUACUGUCGUGUCCUGUCAGGUCAGUACUGUCGUGUCCUGUCAGUACUGUGUCACUGUAGUGUCCUGUCAGGUCAGUACUCUGUAGUGUCAGGUCAGUACUCUGUAGUGUCAGGUCAGUACUCUGUAGUGUCAGGUCAGUACUCUGUCGUGUCCUGUCAGGUCAGUACUCUGUCGUGUCAGGUCAGUACUCUGUAGUGUCAGGUCAGUACUCUGUAGUGUCAGGUCAGUACUCUGUCGUGUCCUGUCAGGUCAGUACUCUGUAGUGUCAGGUCAGUACUCUGUAGUGUCAGGUCAGUACUCUGUCGUGUCCGGUCAGGUCAGUACUGUAGUGUCCUGUCAGGUCAGUACCCUGUAGUGUCAGGUCAGUACUCUGUAGUGUCAGGUCAGUACUCUGUCGUGUCCGGUCAGGUCAGUACUGUAGUGUCCUGUCAGGUCAGUACUCUGUAGUGUCAGGUCAGUACUCUGUAGUGUCAGGUCAGUACUCUGUAGUGUCAGGUCAGUACUCUGUCGUGUCCUGUCAGGUCAGUACUCUGUCGUGUCCUGUCAGGUCAGUACUCUGUAGUGUCCUGUCAGUACUGUGUCACUGUAGUGUCCUGUCAUCACUGUGUCACUGUAGUGUCCUGUCAUCACUGUGUCACUGUAGUGUCCUGUCAGGUCAGUACUCUGUCGUGUCCUGUCAGGUCAGUACUCUGUCGUGUCCUGUCAGGUCAGUACUCUGUCGUGUCCUGUCAGUACUGUGUCACUGUAGUGUCCUGUCAUCACUGUGUCACUGUAGUGUCCUGUCAGUACUGUGUCACUGUAGUGUCACUGUAGUGUCCUGUCAGUACUGUGUCACUGUAGUGUCCUGUCAGGUCAGUACUGUAGUGUCCUGUCAGUACUGUGUCACUGUAGUGUCCUGUCAGUACUGUGUCACUGUAGUGUCCUGUCAGGUCAGUACUGUAGUGUCCUGUCAGUACUGUGUCACUGUAGUGUCCUGUCAGUACUGUGUCACUGUAGUGUCCUGUCAGUACUGUGUCACUGUAGUGUCCUGUCAGUACUGUAGUGUCCUGUCAGGUCAGUACUGUAAUGUACUGUCAGGUCAGUACUGUAGUGUCCUGUCAGGUCUGUACUCUGUAGUGUCCUGUCAGGUCAGUACUCUGUAGUGUCAGGUCAGUACUCUGUCGUGUCCGGUCAGUACUCUGUCGUGUCCGGUCAGGUCAGUACUGUCGUGUCCUGUCAGGUCAGUACUGUCGUGUCCUGUCAGUACUGUGUCACUGUAGUGUCCUGUCAGUACUGUAGUGUCCUGUCAGGUCAGUACUCUGUAGUGUCAGGUCAGUACUCUGUAGUGUCAGGUCAGUACUCUGUAGUGUCAGGUCAGUACUCUGUCGUGUCCUGUCAGGUCAGUACUCUGUUGUGUCCUGUCAGGUCAGUACUCUGUCGUGUCCUGUCAGGUCAGUACUCUGUCGUGUCCUGUCAGGUCAGUACUCUGUAGUGUCAGGUCAGUACUCUGUCGUGUCCUGUCAGGUCAGUACUCUGUCGUGUCCUGUCAGGUCAGUACUCUGUAGUGUCCUGUCAGGUCAGUACUCUGUCGUGUCCUGUCAGGUCAGUACUCUGUAGUGUCCUGUCAGGUCAGUACUCUGUAGUGUCCUGUCAGGUCAGUACUCUGUCGUGUCCUGUCAGGUCAGUACUCUGUCGUGUCCUGUCAGGUCAGUACUCUGUCGUGUCCUGUCAGGUCAGUACUCUGUCGUGUCCUGUCAGGUCAGUACUCUGUAGUGUCAGGUCAGUACUCUGUCGUGUCCUGUCAGGUCAGUACUCUGUUGUGUCCUGUCAGGUCAGUACUGUGUCACACUGUGUCGUG